AUGGAUGUCGUUCGCCAAAUCACUUUACUAAUAACUCAAAGCAGGCUUCCACAUUUAUCAAAGAAAGGAUUUCUCGAAGGGCCUGAUUAUCCGAGAUUACUAGGUGCCCCACAACAGAUAAAGACCCAAUUAGGAAAGGCUGCUAUUAAGCAGUUUGAUCGAAUCAUAAGCCAAAAUAAAAACGUGGUAUGUAUUGAAGUAUGGGUCAAACAAAGUAGUUUUGAAACGAUUACUAAAGAAUCAUCAGAGAGAAUAGCGGAUCUCACAUGGCCUCAGCGUGUAUCAUGUCCAACUCAGGUCAAUUCGGAAGAUUUCGUCCUUAUGGAACAGUGGAUGAUAUCGGUUUUGAAGGAUGGUGAAGAUUCCACUAGCAAACCAACUCCUAUGUUAGCAUCGAAUCUAACGGUUAAGAGUAUGAAAUCGCAUCUUUAUUAUUCACAAAUUCGAGCAAUGAUGCAAGAAAGUCAAGGCCAAAUGCCAUCGAAUGUGGUCUACAAGAUAUGUAGCCGGGACGACAUAACUAAAUGCCCAGGAUCGCCGUUAAAGACAAUAUUUCCUGCCACAAGCUUAUCAAAUGUAGCAUCUUUACAUCUACAAGUAACCUACCAGCCAAGUUUCAUUCAAUCUCAACAAAAUAAUCCGAAUAAAAGACGACAAUCGAUUGAUCUAGGAUUAGGAAUUCAGAAUCGAGGUGCAAGCUUACAGACCAAUGGAUGUCGCAUUAAUAAUCGUGAGGUGAUAGCAAUCGAUAAUAGACCGAGAAGAAAUUCACUGGCUGAAUGUGCUUAUAUUUAUAACGAAACUAUCGAACAAGAAGAGGUCAAUGUUAGCCAAAACAAAACAACUGAUCCUUCAGCUGUUCACGAAAUUGUAGUGAAUGUCUUAAAAAACGUAGAAUCAACUAAACAUAUAGACUCUAUGAAUCAAAAAAAUGGUAGCAAUAACGGCAAUGAGUCAUAUGAGAUUGGAAAUCAUUAUAAUUCAUCUCCAAACCGUAAAAAUAUCGAAAUAGCUAAACCUGAAACAAAAAAUUUCUAUAAACAAAAGACUGAAACAAUUGAUCCAAUUUCGAAGGAUAGUUUUGAAAGCAACAAUGAAACAGCAAGCCACCGCGAUGCUAUCAAUAAGAAAGUAACUAAAGCUACAACAAAGCCAGCAACAUCGGCAGCUAAUUUAUCGCCCAAGAUGAAAGAUAAAGUCGAUAGAGAUAGCGAUCUUACGGAUAAAACUACUAUGGCAAACGUUCAUAAAAAAUCUGUGCUAAGAUUUCGAUCGAAAAGUUUCAGCGAUCGAGAACAUUCAAGUAGCACUCAAGAAGUAAAAGUAUCAAGCCCAAUUUCACCCCGUCAUUCGAAUGUGUCACGUUUUAAAAUGCUAUUAUUUAGAUUGCACUUAAAAGAAUUAACACAGAGUGCAAACGAUAUUGGUGACGACAGUAACAAUUAUCGGCGUCGCUCGUCAUCAUUAGGAUCUUAUAAGCAAAAGUCAGGUUUAAAUACGAAAGAAACCGAUACAACUCGUCGGUCUUCACUACACUUGCCGAAGCUUUCCUCUGGUGCCACUCCCGCCCCAGUGGAUGUUAAUAUUAACACCUCCACGCGAAGUCCAACGGAAGUAGACAGGCAUUCAAAGCUCUUAACCGCCGAGAGUCCUACGCAAAUUUCAGGCAAUGUUGCAGCUUUUGUCAAGGGUCAGAGAUUGUUAGUGCAUCAAAAGCGAUGUUCAAGCCCACCAAUUGGCCUUCAUGAACAGCGACUUCUUGGAAAUUUUGAAGAAUCUGUACUAAACAAUCGACUCGAAUCGUCGGGUAGAAUUCAAGGAUUUAAAUUGACCUUAAGCGUCGUCGGUUCAUCAGCGCAAAUAGUUACCCUGCCUAUGAAUACCUUUUACUAUAACGUUUCAGACAAUAAAGCGCCAUCGCCUUAUUUGGGGAUAGCAACCUUGCAAUUUUUGAAUAAAUCACGGUAUCAUAUCCCAAAGAAAGGUACUUUAAACAUGACAAUCUAUAAUCCGCAAGAAACUAUUAUUAAAGUAUUUAAAUCAAGUUAUGACCUUAGUGACAUGCCCGGUAAAUCGAAAACUUUUUUACGCCAAAGAACUACUAUAAUGACGAAUAGGAGAUCGGAUAAACAUACACUAUUAUACGUUAUUCAUUUAAGGUAG